AUGAACUCAGAAGAGAACUGGACUGCACGGGCAGAGGCCUGUAAUCGUACAAACAUAGACAAUAUUCAAACGUUUGUUUACAUCCCAGUUUUCAUCAUUGGAGUCAUCCUCAAUGCGUUGGCUUUGAGAGUAUUCUGCUAUAAACUGAGCAAAUGGACUGAAACCCAAGUAUACAUGGCCAAUUUAGCCUUUGCAGACUGCUUUAUUCUCUUUAGUUUGCCAAUCAAGAUGAUUAUGAAGACGACAGAAGUGGACACAUGGUGCUUAGUCUUGGAAUCUGCAUAUUUUAUUAACCGGUACAUGAGUGUAUUCCUUAUUACCAUCACAGCAGUUGAUCGAUACAUCACCAUAUGGUACCCUUUCAAAGCAAAGCAAGUGAGGUCCCCUCAGAAAUCAGCUGUUGUCUGUGGGAUUCUCUGGAUCUUAAUGAUAAGUAUUGUGUGGUUAAAUAAACGGUGGGAGAAAAGAGAUAAUCCUGGAUGUUGCUUUAAGAAGAUUACCAGAGUUCCAUCCAUAUCUGUUCUUGCAUCUACUAUUUGGGGAUUUUUUAUACCCUUAACCAUCUUGAGCUUCUGUUCUAUCCAAAUCACAAAGAAACUCACAAAGAAGAAAAAGUCAAACCCACAUGAAGAAAAGCUCAUGCAGAAAUCAAUCAACAUCAUCUCUGCAAAUAUGGCUGUGUUUGUGAUAUGUUUUUUACCUAUUAACAUUGCAAACAUCAUUCGGUUCAUAGCUGAUUACAGUGGUGCCAUCAGCAUUCCGGUAGAAAAUAUCAACAGCAUUGUAGAUGUUGCUGGGAUUAUUGCCAAUACUAACUGCUGCUUGGAUGCCGUUUGCUAUUACUUUGUAAACAAGGAGUUUCAAGAGGCUGCCAAGGAACUAACACCCAAAUAUUUCUCCAUUUAUAAUCAACAUUCUGAAAAACAAGACUCUGAAAUUAUAUAG